ACUGUUAUUUGUUGCGUUAUCUUGUUGUAAAACCGACUAAGACAAGCUAGAGUAGCUUAAUUUUCUCUCGUAAACGAUUUGAAUUUCAUUGAGAGAGUCUCUAGGCAGCACUCAAAGUCAAUGAUGUAAAUAUCCACGUAUUAUUUGAGGCACAGAUGUCAAGAACACUGAAUUUGGAUAAAAGUGAAGCUCUAGAUUCAAGUGUAAGAAAGAAAGACGACAUUCUUUGCAGAUCUUUGAGAUCUUUCAAGAAACGUGGCAGCCAUUUAAACAUAAAGAAUCUUGACAUCAAAGAUAUCAAGAAACAAUUAAGGAAAAGGAAACGCAGUGAUCAGCAAGACAGUGCGACAAAUAUGGAGAUUAAGGAACCUACAACAAAGAAGAUUUGCCCUGUUUCCAGUAUGACUGUGUCAGCUGAUGCAUCACCUGAUGUAGCCAAGAAAGGAAUCUUAGUACAGCGAUCAGUAAGUUUACGAUCCAGUCUAACAGUCAAAGAUUCUGACUUUGCCAAAAGGUAUAGGCUUCUCCCUACUCCAACAAAGCAUCGGCCAAGCAAGUCUUGGAGUGAGACAGUUUCUAGCAAUGGAAUUAGUACUACUCUUUCACAGACUGAAAUAAAACGGCAAGAGGCUAUUUAUGAGGUUUGCACAGGAGAAGAAAAUGUUGUGGCUGAUUUGAAAAUGAUAAAGGAGGUUUAUUAUGCACCAAUGUACAAACUAAAGCUAAUGAAUGAAUAUGAAUUUAUGAAGAUCUUUGGCUGUUUAGAAGUUUUAUUAGCUCUCCAUCAAGAUCUUCACGCGAAGUUAAAAAAUGCAAGAUCAAGCGAUGGUACAACGGACAGUAUAGGAGACAUCAUGUUAAACUGGUUUCCAGGUUUAAGAUGUUACGCACGAUAUUGUGCAAACCAAUUCGAAGCAAAAACCAUUCUCGACGAAAAACUUCGUCAAGGUGGAAGCGUCGCCGAUUUUUUGCAGAGAUGCCGUGACUCGCCAUUCAGUCGGAAAUUAGAUCUUUGGAGCUUUUUAGAUUCGCCCAGGAGUCGCCUGGUAAAAUACCCGCUGAUGCUGCGCAGCAUACAGAAAUACACGCCGAAAGAGCACUCCGACUGGCGAAAACUAGAACGAGCUAUUUGCCGUUUACAAGACAUUAUAGAAGAAGUGGACAGAAAAACAGGCGAAGCAAAGUGUCAAGAUGUACUUAGUAGAAUAGUUUUCUUGGAUGACAGACAGAUGUGCCCUCAUGUAUUCAAGUCCAAGAAGCUUUUAUGUAACGGCACACUACGAAAUAAACAUGGAACGAAGCUACAUGUGUUUUUGUCGGAGACAGUCUUUCUGCUCACUCGUCCGGCUACAAGACAGGACCGGGCCAGCUAUCAAGUAUUCACACAGCCAAUCCCAGUCGAGAAUCUGUUGGUCGAAGAUCUCUCAGACGGUGACGUCAGAAUGGGUGGUUCCUUCAAGACCGCGAUCUCAAGACUUGGUACAGCCAAACACGUUUUCCGAGUAUCAAGUACAGAUGCAGAAAAUGGUCAAUCACACACGUUACAAGCUCCCACAGAACAGGAGAAAAAACAAUGGUUGAACGCUAUUCGAAGCGUGAUACCCUGUCCGGAGAACUACAAGACUUAUCUCUGAUGUUACGCAGGGUUUCACGUCACGCAACACCUCAAAUUCUGGACAGUCCGUACGCGCUGAGGUCGGCUAGUUAAGAAUGAAUACCGUGGAUAUUACACAAGGAUUGUACAGCAGUUGGAAAUUGUUUAUGUGGGGGCAAUGAGUGUCCAAAUUAUCACCAGCGCUGGUUCCAUCGUCGUUUGAUGCCAUUAUAAUUUCGGUCUGAGAUGCGUUGACAGAACUGAAUCCUAGUUAGGACAUUUACAACAUCAAAGAGGUUUAUUAAUUUUCCUAUUAAGUUUCACAAGGAAGUGAGAUGGGUCGAAUUUUCUCCAUUUUGGAGUGAUUUAAAUUAUGAGAUUUACCAUGCUAAAGUUGCCUGCUUUUUUUCUUGUUCAAUUUUUGCGAAGAAAAGCGGAUUGUGAAAAAAAAAAACAACAACAACGAACAAACACAACAGUCGUUGCUUUCGCGGGUAGAAUAGUCUUGAUUCUUCAGACGCACCGACAGGUUUCGGUAACAAAAUAUUUCCUCUACUUUAUAGCGCGCUGUACCAUAAUAUUGUUUAUGUCUUGUAAUUUAUACUAAAAAAACUAGAGCAAUUUCCUCUCAACUAUCAAUAGAGCCGAUCGUCGCCUUUUCUAUGAAAAACAGCGAUGGGUCUAAGCGCGGAAAAAAUCACGGGUAAUCGGUGAGUCUUAGCUUGCACAGCACCUGAUUGGCUCUGGAAACAGCGCUUUAUUCUGAUUGGUCAAGUCAGAAUGCACGCAUAUCUUCUAGCCAACCAUUGCACCUUGAUAACGUGGAGUAAAUCUCUUUGGUAAAAAAAAAUUGAUGCAUAUUAGCGCUUGGCGACCGAUUUUCCUUGUCGUUUCAAGCAGUAAUAUCCUACAAAAUAUCUGGCGAAUAUAUUCUAAAAAGAAAAAUAUUUUAUGAUAACACGCAAUAAUAUAUUGCAUUUGUAAUGUUAGUGAUCAAAUUGAUAAGUAAUGCUUUGGAAAUUUAAGUGAUAAUCGUAGGUAUGUGAUUUAGGAAAAAUUUAGUUUAUCCACAUAAUGAGCCAUAAACUUUAAUGAAAAUUUGGUUUCAAAGCCAUACGACUUUCUUACAUAGUACAUACGAAAAUUUUGUGUAUAUAUAAGUGCUGUAAAAAAGUUUUUCUGUGAGGUUUUUGACACGUCGUUUACAGUUGUUCGUCUCGUAUUGUGUUUUGUUUCAGUUCACGUUUAAAUAAAAUCUUUGGGAUGAGAAA